UUUUAUACUAAUGAUAUUGAAGGGUGAGGUUUGAUAAAAAGAAGAAAAGAAGAAGACGAACACCUAACCUUACAUUUUUAACAUUUCAAUUCAAAUCUUGUUUUCACAAGUUUAUAUAUAUAAAAUAAAUAUGCUUUUAUAUGAAAUUCGUUUUAAAUUUUAAACAUGGAAAAUGAAGACCACAAAGAACCCGAAAGAAUUAAAUCCAAAAAACGUAGAGAAUUUGACAGAGACGAUGGUUUUGGCGAUUGGGGUGGUUAUAUGGCCGCUAAAAGAGCCAAACUAUUGGAUCAGUUUAAAGGAUCGGAAAUUCCCAGACUAUCUAACAUAUUUGAAGGAGUAGCUAUACAUGUAAAUGGUUUAACUCGCCCUCCUAUUGAUGAAUUAAAAAAUCUUAUGGCUGCUCAUGGUGGAGUGUUUCAUAUGUAUCAAGUUUCUUCUACUACUCAUAUAAUUGCUUCGAAUUUACCAAACGUUAAGAUAAAACACCUUGGUACCACUCCUAUAGUGAAGCCAUCUUGGAUAACCGAAAGUAUAAAUUACGGAAAAUUACUGGAUUAUCGUAGAUACCUUCUAUAUACAAAUCAAAGUAAAACUCAACCAAAAAUAGAUUUUCCCAUAAUCGAAAAAAACAAUAAUCAAGAAGUAGCUGAGCCUACAAAUAAGGCUGCUACAAAAACGGCUUCUGAUCCAAAUUUUCUGGAAGAAUUUUAUAACAACUCAAGAUUACAUUUGAUAUCUACUCUAGGAGCUGAGUUUAAACACUUAGUAGGUCAAAUGAGGGAAAAAUCUGAUGGUAUAUUUGUCGGGAAACAAAAACUAUUGGCUCUUAAAACUAAUUCCAACCUAUUAUUAAUACAAAAUACGGUAAUAAUGCACAUAGAUAUGGACUGCUUUUUCGUAUCAGUAAGUCUGCGAAAACGCCCUGACUUAAAGGGAAAACCAGUAGCCAUUACUCACGCUCGUAAUGGUCAACUAACCAACGUUAAACCAGAUCAAAAAGCUAAUAGAGAACAAGAAUUUUCACUCUAUUCCGAAAGACUACCAAUAGGCGUAACAUCAAGAGUCGAUAAAAUUGACACAAAUUCUAGUUUGUCAGAAAUAGCGAGUUGCAGUUACGAAGCUAGACAGUGUGGAAUUAAAAAUGGAAUGUUUCUGGGACAAGCUGUUAAGUUGUGUCCGGAAUUGAAGACGUUACCGUACGAUUUUGAGGGUAUAAAAUCGGUAUCGCACAGUCUUUACGAAAUCAUAGCUUCGUAUACCCUUGACAUAGAAGCAGUCAGUUGCGACGAAAUGUAUGUAGACGUUACCAACAUUCUAAAGGAAACCGGUUUAUCUGUUGAAGAAUGGGCGACUUAUAUUAGAAACGAAAUUAUGAAUGCCACGCAAUGCCCUUGUUCAACAGGUUUUGGUGCGAACAGGCUUCAAGCAAGAUUGGCUACAAAAAAAGCCAAACCUGCAGGCCAGUACUAUCUAAAAUCUGACGAUAUCGAAAGCUACAUGGUCGAAAUAAAAUUAUCUGACCUGCCUGGAGUUGGUAGAGCUACAUUAGGAAAACUCCAGAAAAUGGGAUUGAAUACUUGUGGAGACUUACAGCUUGUUUCUUUAAAAACUUUACAAACCGAAUUGGGCCAAAAAUUAGGCGAAAAUUUAAAAGAACAAUGUGUGGGUAUAGAUAACAGACCUUUGAAUUUUCAUCACGAACGAAAAUCUGUAUCUGCUGAAGUGAAUUACGGUAUCAGAUUCAAAACUAUUGAAGAAUGUUACAAUUUUCUACAAAACUUGUCUGUAGAGGUUUUUAAUAGAAUGAAUGACAUUAAUAUGAGAGCUAGAUGUUUGACGUUGAAAUUGUUGGUGAGAGCUUCAGAGGCACCGAUGGAAACCGCAAAAUUUCUGGGCCACGGUAUUUGUGACAGUUUAUCAAAAAGUACGACUUCCAAUAUAGUUUUCAAUAAUCCGCAAAUUAUUUUUAAAGAAUCUAAAAUUUUAUACGAAAAAUUAAACCCGCUAUUUUCCGAUUUACGAGGGGUAGGUUUGCAAUUAACCAAAUUAGAAAAAAACGCGCCCAUCAAUUCCAUGUUGAGUAAAUUUUUAAAACAAUCUAACAGUAAAGAAUCCGUUCAAAUUGAAGAAAAAUUAAAUAUUUCCAAUAUCAAACAAAAAAAUAUUAAACAGUCUAACAGUAAAUACAUUCAAAUUGAAGAAAAAGAAGAUACACAAACAUCAAUUAUUUCUAAUAUUAAGCAGAAGAUAGUGUCAAAAAAUAUUAAUGGAUCAAAAUUAAAAAACAAAAACAACAAUAACUCUGGAUCGAUAAGUAAUUAUUUUGAAAAAACCAAAAGUGCCGAAAACAAUCCUAAAUCUAAACAGAAUCGUCAAUUACAUCAGCAAAUAGAUAUGGAUGUUUUAAAUGAGCUUCCAGAAGAUAUAAGAAAAGAAAUUAUGAGGGAAUACAAUCUACAAGAAGCUGUCAAACCUGAAGGAAAGAAGCGAAAAAGUCAAAAACAAAAAUGUGGAAAACAAAGUAACCAAAAAAUUGAUUCUGAAAAAUAUUUAGAUGUUGAUACAAUUCAGAAAUAUCCAUUCAAAAAUCUUACUUGGGAUCAAAUUAAACCUAUAAUAAAAAAAUGGAUGGAAUCUGACGAAAAUCCGUACGAAUUUGACAUAGAAAUGAUAGCUGAACAUUUCAAACAGCUCGCAAUCGAUAGAAAAAUAGAAGUUUUACCGAAAAUGUUCAGUUAUUUGCACAGGAAUUUUUCAGCUUUAAAUUGCAUAUGGCACGAAGCUUAUUUCAAAAUAGUCAAUAUCACUCAAGAAGGAAUGGUUGCAAGAUACGGGGGUACUUUAUUAGUCCAAAGACAGUUCGAAUGCUGUAAAAUGUGAU